AUGCCCAAGCCCAGACGCAACCUCCAGGCCACGGCCGAGGAAACCAUGACACCUCCGGCAUCCCUCACCGAGACACAGUCCGUCGCUCGCGUCCAACAAGCCGCUGGAAACAACCUCUACCGUGUCGAACUGCCAGACGCAAAAGUGCUCUUGGUCGAACUGCCUGCUCGUUUCCGCUCUACCAUCUGGAUCAAGAGAGGUGGAUUUGUGCUUGUUGACAUGGGUGCUAUGAAUGAGCGCGAGAACAAGUUGGAUGGCGAGAUCAUCAAUAUUGUCAGAAACGAGAAGGAAUGGCGCAAGGAGAAAUACUGGCCCAAGGAGUUUGUGCAGAGAAUCUCGUAUGCCGAUGAAGACGACUCGGACGAGGAAGAGUCCAAUGUGGGCAAGAUGCCUCCUUCCGACUCCGAGGACGAGUGA